UGCAGGCACUUCAAUCAAGCUCCGGGAUUCGGGUUAUCGGGUUAUUGGGUUUCUCUCAAUCUUUGUGUACUCGUCUUCCCUCUUCGAUCCCCUUUCUCGCCAUUAUCACAGGCCUUUAACGACCUUCCCCUUUCUGUUUACUCCUCCAUCUUCCAGUUUAUCACUGUGAACUACAGCGCAACUAGGUUUAGGUUGAACCCUUCCCCAGUUCCCCGUCUUCUUGCGAAGGAUCCUCCCUCUGGCAGUGUGCAACGAGGGUGGUGGCAUGAAAGCACAGCAAAGGAGAGAGAUAGAUAGAGGCUAGGUUGGCUUGGAGAUGAUAUGAUAUGAGUAGACUGUCGUUUAGGCCUCGUCCUCUCGACAUUCACAAGAAGCUCCCGAUUGUGAAAUCUGUCAAGGAUUUUGAGGAUGAAGAGACCCCCACUUCUACCCGAAAUUCCCAGAUACUGCGGCUUGCUGCCGCAGAGGCCGACAAUGAGGUCCAGCAAAUUCCUAGCAAGAAGGUGGCUCCGGAAAUUCCUACUCCACAGUUUGUUUUUGUUGAUACAUAUGAAAGAGAUUAUUCUCGCACUUUUACUCAACCAACAUCAUACAUACGGGCUAGAGGAGCUCGUGCCGAACUUGGGGAUUUUGUUGAGUAUGACUUGGAUAAUGAGGACGAAGAUUGGCUUGAAGAAUUCAACAAAGAGAAGAAGCUUCUUAACCCUGAAAAGUUUGAGAUUAUCAUGUUCAAAUUGGAGGUAUUGGAUCAUAAAGCUCGGGAAAGAGCAGGAGUUAUAACUCCUACUCUUGGCUCACCCAUUCCUGUACUGCUACAAUUUGAUGCUGCUGCUGAGGCCCUAUUGCCUCUGACAAUAAAAUAUGGAGUUGCACAGUCUAUUUAUAACCACUGGAAGGAAAAGCGAGAACGAUGGCAGAAGCCUGUUUUGCGACGUUUGCAGCCGCCACCACCAGUUAAUGAUACCAACCCAUACAAUGUGUUUAGGCCAAGGGAGAAAGCCCACAAACUCCAUACAAGAAGGAUGCAAAGGAGGGAAAACAACGUGCAGUCCUUUGAAAAGCUUCGCCAGGUGAGACGCAACCUGGACCAAGCCAAGACACUACUUGAGGCUUUAAUCAAGAGAGAAGAGAAAAAACGAGAAGUCAUGGAGAGUGAAGUCAGCCUCCAAAGGAUACAAAUGAAAUAUAAGCAUGAAACUGAGCUCCUAGAAGACAGCUUGACCUUGCCUGGAUUGCCAUCCUUCCCUGGCAAGUUUGGUUCGAGCGAGGAGGAAUUUGUGGACUCAGAUGAUGUUGCAAAUAGCUGUCAGCAUACCCGACCUGCUGCUCCUUAUACAGACCCCAAGCUGAUGGCCGGUACUGCAGCCAGCAUGAAACGGGAUUUGAGACGGCAGAAUGCUCCCAAUGGAUGGCUUCAUAAAUUGGAUCCGCGUGAACCAAUUAUGGCAUUCACAAAACCUCUAGUCCCAGGGAAGUUGGCAGCUGCCGGCAUUGUGCCACCUUCAGACCCCUCACCGAUGAAUGGUGGAUCAGGGCAUACGUUUACCUUUCAUGGGAGGAUGGGCCGGGGGGGACGGCUAAUAUUCGACAGAAGGACUCCGUUCAUGCAUACACCAUUCGACACCGGCAACUGAUUUUACAUACCUGUAAAGCCUCGGCCUCCUACCAUAAUUGACCGACUGCAGGCCCUCGAAAGUGAUUUGAGUUUCGUCUUUGCAGUGGUGAGGCGUAGAGAAUUUGUGAGAUUAGUGAAUACCCCGGGGGAGGCCCUACCUAUAAUGGGCAUUUGAUUCAGAGGCAUGGAGGCUGCUCCCACCAUUAGCUUUGCCAAUGAAAAAAUAGUUUUGUCUUUGCUAUAUUUCAAAUCCCUCAAGGGCAAGCAUAAGGAGAAGCAUGCCUUUUGCUUUGCCUCUGCCCAUUUGUACAAUUAUUACAUCCUGUUGUUAUCUUUGUUCCUAAAAGUAAAUUAAAUUAAUUCUCUCUC